GCAUGUUUUAAUUCCAUUCUGAGCCCAUUUGGCCAAAAGAUAACUGUUCAGGAUACAGUGAAGUUGACGACAAUGAGAAAAGUGAGAGUCCAGAGUUUAUGUUGUUGUGUGGGUUUUCUUGGAUCAUCUUUCUCGUGUAUAAUUUCAGGGCCUUGGUGCAAUUCUAUAAAGCUUUGGUAGAAUUGGAAAGUAUGGUUGCACAAGACAGAAGCAAAACGUCAGGAUCUCCGAAAGUGGAGGUCGGAGAAGUAGACACCAAUCCACCAUUCCAGUCUGCCAAGGUCAAGAAUGCUGUCACCUUAUUUGGAGACAAUCCUGCAAUCAAGAAACCUAAUCACCAGUCUACAGAGGAAGAAGUUAGCAGACUGAAGGAACAAUUGAAGAAUGUUGAAACUAGAAAAGGCCAAGCACUUAGUGAGCUUGAAAGUGCCAACCAAACUGUUGAGGAUCUGACCCAGAAGCUUAAGGUUGUUUGUGAUUCAAAGGAUUCUGCAAUUCAGGCAACAGAAGAAGCAAACAAUGGCUACUCCAAAGUAGAUGGUUCUUGGAAUCUAGACUUGGAGACUGCUAGAGAACAGUACAAGACUGCAAUAGCUAAACUUGAUGCAGCAAAACACGAGGUUCGAAAGAUGCGUAGCAACUGUGCUGUGACAAUUGAAGAAAAAGCAGCAGUUGAUAGGCAAGCAGAAGAAGCUAAGCGAGCUACGAAAGCUAACAUGGAGAGAGCAGGCAAGGUUUCCCGAGAAAUCGAAACAUUACAGGAGUCGAUUCAGAAGCUAAAACUUGCUAGUUUGCAUGUUAAGGAAGAUGAAGGAAAAGUGUAUGCUGAGAAGGGUGUCCAGAGGCAAUCAUACAAGACCAGACUCGGGGAGUUAUCUAAGGAGUUAACCUCGUUGAGAAAAGAGAUCAAACCCGCCCUCAUAAAAGAUCUCGAAGUUCAGCUAGCUCAAACCAUGUCUGCAAUUGAAGCUCUAAGAAAGGAGAUGGAUAGUGCAAGGUCCUCAGAUCUUGCUUCAGUGAAAGAUGCUACUACAGAGCUUAAUGAUGCUAAGGAAUCACUGCAUAAUGCUUUGGAAGAAGAGGGCUCGCAAAGAAGUUACCUGGCAGAGCUUGAAUUGGAACUAAAGAAUGUGAAGAAAGAACACUCGGAGCUGAUGGGGAAGGAAUCAGAAACCGAAUCACUUGCUGGGAAUCUGCAUGCCAAACUUCAGAGAGCAAAGUCUGAGCUCGAAAGAGCACUUGCAGAAGAGUCCAAAGUUAGACGCCCUUCUGAAGAAAUGAUUGCUACUAUCGAGCAGGUUAGGUUAGAGUGCGAAAACGCCAAAAAUGAAACGAAUGAAAUGAAGAAACAAGCGGAAGAGCUAAAGAAAGAGACUGAUUCUGCCAGGAUUACAUUAGAAGAAGCAGAAAAGAAACUUAAAGUUGCAUUGGAAGCGGCCGAAGAAGCAAAAGCAGCUGAGAAUAGGGCUCUUGACGAGAUUAAACUUUUGUCAGAGAGAGCUAGUGCUACACGUGCCUCAACUCCCGAGUCUGGUGCUCAAAUUACUAUUAUAUCAAGAGACGAGUUCGACUUCUUAAGCCAGAAAGUCGGGGAAUCAGAGAGAUUAGCUGAAUUGAAAGUGGCUGCUGCAAUGGCUCAAGUGGAGGCUGUAAGGGCAAGUGAAAACGGAGCUCUCAUGAGACUCGAGGCUGCUCGGAAGGAGAUUGACAACAUGAGAACUGCUACUCAGGAUGCUCUGAAACGAGCAGAAAUGGACGAGACCGCAAAACAGGUAGUGGAAGGAGAGCUCAGACGGUGGCGGGAAAGAGAGCAAAAGAAAGUAGCAGAAGCCACACACUCUAUUCUGGCAGAAACACAGAAGGUAGUUGAAUCAUUUCCUCAUAAUUACCAAAACGCAGGGCAAGGCACAAGAGAUGGCAUUGAAUCACAAACACACAACUUACCCGAGGUGAGGCACCCUCGCAAAUUAGAGAAGUCCAAGUCAUCUGUGCCAAAGACCGAGAAGUCCAAGACAUCUGUCGCAAAGAAAGUUCUAUUGCGUAAUGUCAGUGACAUCCUUCCUAAGAGGACAAGGCAAGUACAGGUUGGUUCUCCUUAUCUGCCCAGAGAAAAUCUGUAUAGUGAUUUGUAACUGUGAACACAUCUUGGGCUCGUUAAAUUAGUAAACCAGUAACAAUCUGUUCAUUAGA